AUGGGCGAUAACAGAGGGAAUGCCAAGCGCGCUAGCGGUUGGGGCAGACCCACCGAGCCCGCACACCUAGACCCUGAGCGACCGUGGGCUUCAAGUAGACGUCGCUAUGAAUGGGACGAUUCUUACGAGAACGGCACUGCACCCAACGAUGAGCAAUUGGAAGAGGAGUUGUUUAGCGAAGAAAAUCUAGUAAACACUGGAAUAAACUUUUCAAAAUACAAUAAUAUCAAAGUACACGUCAAAGGAGCGGACAUAAAACCCAUACCAACGUUCGAUGCGGGCAAUCUUCAUCCAAUGAUAAGAGAGAACGUUAGACUGGCUCGUUAUACCACCCCUACUCCCGUACAAAAAUAUUCUAUUCCUAUUAUUACCGAAGGAUACGAUCUAAUGGCAUGCGCACAAACUGGUUCUGGAAAAACCGCUGCUUUCCUCGUUCCCAUACUAUCCAAUUUAUUUGAAAAGGCGAAAAAACUUACAAGUUCCCGCCCAUCCGGGGGUCGAAGUAGAGGCAAGGUCGAACCAUUGGUUCUGAUUUUAGCGCCUACACGUGAAUUGGCAACUCAGAUAUUCGACGAGUGUCGCCGGUUUACAUAUAGGACAAUGAUGCGACCCUGUGUUGUGUAUGGUGGAGCCGACGUCAGAACUCAAAGGAUGGAAUUAAGCAAAGGGUGUGAUGUGCUGACUGCGACUCCUGGCCGUUUAAAUGAUUUUUUAAAUAGGGCAGUGAUUAGUUUGGCCAGAGUUAAAUAUCUUGUUCUUGACGAGGCUGAUCGUAUGUUAGACAUGGGAUUCGAAGCCGAAAUUCGCAAGAUUGUGCAAAGAUCCGAUCUCCGUGAAGAUGGUACAAGACAGACUUUAAUGUUUUCAGCAACAUUUCCAAGGAAGAUUCAGGAACUUGCACGUGAUUUCCUUGCGACGACGCAUGUAUUCUUAACAGUCGGACGUGUUGGCGGUAUUCCAUCUGAAAUCACGCAGAAGGUUUAUUACGUCAAAGAUGAAGAUAAACGCAAGGAACUUGUGGACUUAUUAUUGAAACAGCCACCAUCGCGUACUUUGAUAUUUGUCGAAACUAAGCGUGGUGCGGAUUCGUUGGAUGAUUUUCUGUAUAAUCAGAAUUUUCCAACUACAAGCAUUCAUGGAGACAGAACACAGAGAGAACGUGAAGAUGCUCUGGCUUCCUUCAAGUCUGGUCGAUCACCAAUUCUCAUUGCCACUGCUGUCGCUGCGCGAGGCCUUGAUAUCAAAAACGUGAUGCACGUCAUUAAUUACGACAUGGCAAACGAAAUUGACGAAUACAUUCACCGUAUAGGCAGAACUGCUCGUGUUGGAAACCCUGGAUUAGCUACGACAUUCUACAAUGAUCGAAACGAGGCAACUGCCGCUGAUUUGGUGAAGAUACUAAUUGAAUGCAAACAGGAAGUGCCAGACUUUUUGCGCGAUCACAUGACAAGAGAAACAGGAUCGGAUGAUUUUUCAGAAAAUACAGGAAAUAAUUAUGGUGGUAGGGAUGAAGAUUUCUCGGCGAGACGUAAUCAAGAUUCCUCGACGUGGGGUAAUCAAGACUCCACAAGAAACAACCAAAAUUCUUCGACGUGGGGUAAUCAGGACUCCACAAAGAACAACCAAAAUUCCUCAGCAUGGAACAACCAGGAUGCCCCAGGGUGGAAUAAUCAGGAUGCUCCAGGGUGGAAUAAUCAGGACGCCCCAGGGUGGAAUAAUCAGGAUGCUCCAGCGUGGAACGGUCAGAAUAAUCCUCCAGCGCGGAACAAUCAAGAUCCAGUUUGGAACAAUCAGACUCAACCACCAGUGCAGCCUCAGUAUACGCCGCCACCAGCGCAACCUCAGUAUACACCGCCACCAGCGCAACCUCAAUAUUCACAAGCACCACCGCCAAUGAAUGCUAGUAAUAAUUAUCCUUCUCCCUAUGCAUCACAAAAGCAGGAUGACUACCACGUGACGCAUCAGCAGCCAUCCAAUUAUAAUAGUAGUUAUUCAAAUGGAUAUGCUGCUCCUGCGCCUAGCAAUUCAGAUGGCUGGGGCACGACGACAACUCAGACUAACAAUGCGAGUUCAUGGAAUCCAGAACAACCACCACCGUGGAUGUAA